AAAAGAGAAAGAACAGAGCAGAAAGCAUGACAAAGAGGAGAGGGAGUUUUGGCGGUUGUAAUUGCCACAGAAGAGGCGCUGAGCAGAGCCAUGGGAGCAGAAGAGGAGCUUCAAGUAGCAAGCCCCAUCCAACACUCCGUUUCCACCGACUACUCGUGGCCCCGCUUUCGCUUCGAUCUCCCUCCUCACCGAACCUACCACUUCCAUAAUCAGUUCGUCACUCCCUCUAACCCUAACAACUUCCUCAAAGCCGUCAAAUGGUCGCCCGAUGGUUCCUGUUUCCUCACCACUUCCGACGACAACACUCUCCGCAUCUUCACUCUACCGGACCCUGAAGCCGCCACUCUGGUUGAUGCUUCACAAUCUGAUGACGAUUCCUUUGCGGCGAGUCUAGUUAUGAGUGAAGGAGAGCCUAUACAUGAUUUUUGUUGGUAUCCUUACAUGUCUGCAUCAGAUCCUGUGACCAAUGUUUUUGCAACUACUACUCGCGACCAUCCUAUUCAUCUAUGGGAUGCUACUUUGGGACAGCUACGUUGCACGUAUCGAGCUUAUGAUAACAUGGAUGAGAUUACUGCGGCAUUUUCAGUUGCUUUUAAUCCUGCCGGGACUAAGAUAUUUGCUGGAUACAACAAAUGUAUCAGGAUGUUUGAUCUACAUCGUCCUGGCAGAGAUUUUGAAUUGUAUUCAACAGCAAAAGAUAAAAAAGAAGGCCAAACAGGUAUCAUAUCUGCAAUGGCCUUCUCUCCAUCUCAUACUGGAAUGCUUGCUUUGGGUUCAUACAGUCAAACUACUGGCAUUUAUAGGGAAGAUAACAUGGAACUCUUGUACGUUUUGCAUGGUCAAGAAGGUGGGAUUACGCAUGUCCAGUUUUCCAGAGACGGAAAUUAUCUAUAUAGUGGAGGUCGGAAGGACCCUUACAUACUAUGCUGGGAUGUGCGCAAAGCUGUUGACUGUGUCUUCAAGUUAUACAGAUCAUCAGAAAGCACCAAUCAGCGGAUACUUUUUGAUAUUGACCCUUCUGGUCAGCAUCUUGGUACAGGCGGCCAGGAUGGCUUAGUACAUAUAUACGAUCUUCAAACUGGGCAGUGGGUAUCAGGCUUCCAGGCUGCAUUAGGUACAGUUAAUGGCUUCUCUUUCCAUCCAUUUCUGCCCCAUGCCGUGUCUUCCUCAGGUCACCGAAGAUUUGUAAUUCCUGAUGACGACAAUGAAGACUUGAGUUUGAGUGGUCAUGAAAACUGCGUCUCGAUGUGGAGUUUUGGUUUGAAGGAGGAUGGCAAUUUCAUGGAUCAGACUGAAAGUGAAAACUUGGACUCAAAUUCUUAAUCCGCAUUGUACCAAUGAGGAAAACGAGACCCCUUUGGUUUUGGGGAGCCAAUGAUAAAAAUGGUUCAUGGUCUGAUUCAUUAGACAAAAGCCUGAUCCAAUCAAAGUUUUGCGUACAUAAUUUUUUACAAAUAUAAAUUUUAAGUUGACUUAAGAUGGACCCUGUUUGUGGUCGGUAUUUCAUGUGCCAUUGCUUUCAAAGUUCUAGGCACGAGUCAAACUUGAAACCCCACGGCAGGCGUCAGCGCGUUCGUCUUCCUUUUCAUGACGGUGGACUUGGCGACCAAUAAAAGAAAGAAAGAAAACCUGGUCAAAGUGGGCAGCCACCUGGCCUCAGCUAUAUAUGGCAUUUGAAAGUACUUUGGAGCCCUUUUGUAAUAACCAUGAGUACCGUCACGCGUAAACAGUAAACCACAGGCAGUUUUGUUUAGCUUGGUGGUUGGAUAAUUUCCUAGGUGAGUAUUGACCAAUUUUAAUCCCUGAUCACAAGGGUUACAAAAGAAAAAGUAAGUUUUAUCCAAA